AUUCCCUCAAAUAAAUCUGAAAUAUUAGCAAAUAACAUAUGAGCAGCAGCGCACAGCGUCGGAUAUUUGAGUAGGAAAACACUGAAUGACAUCCUGACAAAAGGGAUUUGGUAGCGUGAGGUUUCUGUGGGACUGUUCACAGCAUUGUGUAUUAUGGACAGAUUAGUUGUUUGGUGCUUUCACGGGGCGAUAGCUAUUGCUGUCUCACAUUGGUCUUUGAAUAUCCUAUCAGUGUCUGAUGAAGCUGAAUGCUGCUGCUCAAAAAAAAAAAAAAAAAAAAAGUCCACUCCACUCCAGACCACUGUCCCUCUAACCUAUAGUAGCUGCUAACUGUUAAACCUCCACCCAGACUCCACCCUGUCUGGAAUGCAGCAAGGCAGGAGUGUUGUGCCUCCCUAGACUUUUGGCAUAUGUCAUAAACCUAUGAGCCAGCCCUUUUUUCUACACUCCUCUGUAUUCUCAUUUCAUUCACCAGCAGAUGCUCUGGCUCCUUCGUCUGUGCCUUUUAAAUUGUACGAGUUCCCGAUGAAGUUUAAGUGUCAGCUGGCACAGGGCGACAUGGGGAGUUAUAUAAACAACUUAACUUCCAAAAAACCCAAGUUGACUGGCUCUCAAAUACAGCAUAUGGUGCGUGCAUAUUACAAAUGCAGGAUGCGGUGGUGUCCCAGCUCUGUGCUCCAUCUGCUGCGCUGUGUGCGGUUACGGUCAUGUACCAGGAGAGGAAGGAACAGGCUGCCUCUGUGGAUUAGGGAGACAUGGGUUUACAUGAGACUCCUGGUGCAGUCACUUUACUUUAACUCCCUCACUGACUCAGAUGUGGUUUUCGACUCGGUCUUUGAACCAGUGUUUUGGACUGUGGAUUAUGUCACCCGCUGGUUCGGCACGGUGUUUGUUUGUCUGGUGGUGAUACUGACCAGCUCCAUCGUGGUGAUAGCCUAUGUGGUCCUACUGCCUCUGGUCCUCAACACGUACUCACCUGCGUGGAUUGCUUGGCAUGUUUGUUAUGGACAUUGGAACCUCAUCAUGAUUGCUUUCCAUUACUACAAAGCCGCCAUGACCUCCCCCGGGUAUCCCCCGACAGAAAAAAGUGACACUCCAUUUGUGUCAGUCUGCAAAAAAUGUAUCAUGCCCAAACCAGCAAGAACACACCAUUGUGGUAUCUGUAACAGGUGCAUCCUGAAAAUGGACCAUCACUGUCGUAUCUUUUGUGCCAACAUUAUUUUUAUAGUAUCAGAAAUCAUAUUAUGUGACUACGAAGAGAUGGUGGUUUACCUUAAUGUCAGCAUUUCAGCAUGGUUGAACAACUGUGUGGGCCAUUUUAACCACCGUUACUUCUUCUCCUUCUGUCUCUUCAUGACCUUGGGUUGUGUCUACUGUAGCAUUAGUGGCAGAAACCUGUUCCUAGAUGCAUAUAAUGCUCUUGAGCGCUUUAAGCAUUUGGAUAUGGAAAAGCCAGGGGUGCCAGUAACAGGGAUGGGACUUCUAAUAGGGCUUCUCCCCCCUGGCCAGACCAACUAUCAGACACCUGCACCACCGUACACCUUUAAGGAUAAGAUGAUUCAUAAGAGCAUCAUCUACAUGUGGGUGCUUACCAGCACAGUGGGAGUCGCCCUUGGAGCUCUGACCAUUUGGCAUGCAGUUCUCAUAUCCAGAGGAGAGACCAGCAUAGAGAGACACAUUAACAGCAAAGAAACAAAGCGAAUGGCAAAGCGGGGAAAGGUGUACAGAAACCCUUUCAACUAUGGCAGGCUGAAUAACUGGAAAAUCUUCUUUGGUGUGGAGAAGAGAAGUCACUGGGUGACGCGAGUUCUCCUUCCCUCUGGACACGCCCCACAUGGUGAUGGGUUGACUUGGGACAUCUUCCCAGUUAAAAAGGACUUGAUUCCUGUAUGAAAGACACUACCAAGGCAUAUGUGUAGCCUACUUUUGGCAGUCUUUUCUGUGCCCAACCUCCUCUGGUCAUUUGAUCAGAGGAGAAUUGCUCCUCCUCUGGAAGAAUGACCAGAGGAAGAAUGACCAGAGGAGGUUGUGUCAACCUCCAAUACCUCAAAAACUUGCUGUGGCAUUGCUCAUGAUUCGACAGUCUACAUUUUUCAGCAGUGAAAAGGCGAUGUGUCAGGGAUGGGUUUAUCACUGCUGGGGUUUACUCACAAACUGGUCUUACUUGACUAUGAGCAUUGUGCUAAAGAUGGAUUUGAUAUAUUUUCCAAGCCACAUGUACUGACUGACAUAUCAUUGGACUGAAGUACCUGUAAACUAAUAUUUUUUGUAAACACUAUCUCUGCUUGUUCUGCCCAAGCUGAUAUUUAUUUUAAAAACUACAACAAACCAAAAGAAACCUACAAAGCUUUGGGACAAAAUGGUUUAUCUCAACACCUCCACCUCCCAAUACCAUUUGCACACUCCAGUCCAAUAUUAACACUUAAUUUGAACAUUCAUGGAAAACUGCAAUACAGUGAUAAUGUGUUAUUUAUCUGUAUUUUGUACCUGUUAAUAAAUCUUUAUAUCUUG